AUGGAAACUCUAAGUCCAUAUGAAUUUUUCACACAACUGGAACCAACAACCACUGAAGAGUUGGAAGCAUCUUUCGUACUACACAGAAGAAGAGAGUUCGACAUAACAAAACCAGAAGGACCGAUUUCAGAAGAUUUUGAGGAUUACACACCUCAUGUUUUCAGAGAUCAAAAUUCUGUUAAUGAAUGGCUUUCGUUAUCACCAAACGACGUCAGUUUACAGGAAACCCCUUGUACAUCCCUAUCCUUAGAUUCCUGUCUUGAAGAUGGGUUUGGAGGAGCUGUUCGCCAAACUUUACUAGACAAAAUUGAUUUCUUAAAUUUAGAUAACUCUCUAGAAGAUUCAUUGAAUCCGGAAUCUAUCGUUGCAGAACCGGACAUAUUUUUAUCAAGCGAAACUUCAAGUCAUGGUAAUGACGAUGACUCCAGUCGUUCGGACAUCAUUCUGCCAAGGCUUUCACCUUCUGAAAAAAGUUCCUCCCGAUUGUCAGCACCUAGAAGAAAACGAAGAAAGGUUGACAAGACCACAUUUCUUGCUCUCAAACAAAUCAAGCAAAAUAUAACCUCUACGGAUGAUAUUGUUACAGAUUUAAAACUAGGUCCAAAGACGAAACAGUUGCAAAAGUUAAAGUCUAUCACGGUUAAGAAGCUAUUUGAUCAGCCGGGACAGCACAUUCUUUCAAAAACACUUAGAAAAUUUUAUAACACUAAACGCUUUAAAAAGACCACGGACAAGAUACAGCAGAAAAAAAAAGAAACUCUUGACAACCACAAAACUCUUGACGAACCAACAGAGUCGUCUUCAGUUCAUGCCGUGGUUGUGAAUGACUAUUUUGAUGGCUCUGCUUCCUGCCUGUUUGAUUCUCUGGGAGAUACAUACUGUGAUGAGGACGACAGUAGACAAUUGAUUGGAAAUGACACAUCCUCACGCGAAAACAUCAUUGCGAAUAAUACUGAUGAGAAUAACCUGUUUGAAAUAUCUCGAGAUGAUGUUCCAAGCGAGCAAGAAGCUAUGGUGAGUACUGUUUCAGACUUAGGAAGGAUAUUUAAUCAGUUCGACAACGAGGAAAUCAGUUUUCGAAAACUUACGAAGGGAAAGAACAGAAUGGGCGUUGCAAAGCUCUUUAGUGCUCUGUUGGUGAUGAAGAAAGAGCAAACCAUUGAAUUGCAACAAUCAAGCAGUUUAAGUGACGUAGUCAUUACCAAAGGCCCACAGUUUAAUGUGACAGAACUGUAG